GACAACAUCAGAUUUACGUGAAUCGGAGUUGAAUAUGUAAAUGCUAGAUAUAGUUGUUACUGAAAACUGUGUUCAUGCAUAUGCUGAAUGUAUGUUGAAACACCGGAACUUGCCAGAAGAUCUUAUUACUCUAACAUGCACUAUGUUCAGCCAGUUGAAAACCCAAUCCAUAAUGUUAUGUUUGACUUUGCUUUGUAUAUCAGCUUUGCACAGUUGCAGUUUUAUUGGUAAACUUAAUAGUUCUUCGACUAGGAGAUUUCCGCCAUCGAAGCAUUUUAUCCAUUCCACCGGAGCUUGUUAUUCUGCAGAACGAGAUUACUAUGAAAUUCUAGGUGUAUCUAGAGAUGCUAGUCGAGAUGAGAUUAAGAAGGCUUUUCAUGCGCUUGCAAAAAAGUACCAUCCAGAUGCCAAUAAGAAUAAUCCUUCCGCCAAGAGGAAAUUUCAAGAGAUAAGAGAUGCAUACGAGAUUUUGCAAGAUCCACAGAAGAAAGCACAAUAUGACAUGAUGAAGGAGCAACCUAGCAGCACAGAAGAUAUGAAUUAUAAUUAUGCGAAUGGCAAUGAUUUUAGAUAUUCUUAUAGCACACAAUUCUCUGAUUCGUUUCAGAAAAUUUUUUCUGAGAUAUUCGAAAAUGAGGCUGAAAAUUUGACGCAAGACAUUCAGGUGGAGCUUUCUCUCUCUUUUCCUGAAGCUGCUAAAGGAUGCACAAAACAUCUGUCAUUUGACGCAGAUGUUCCAUGUGAUUCUUGCCAUGGUAGGGGCUAUCCAUUGCAUUCCAAGCCUAAAGUAUGUCCAACUUGUCAAGGAAUUGGGAGAGUUACAAUCCCUCCUUUUACAGCAACUUGCAGUACCUGUAAAGGAUCUGGACGAGUUAUUAAGGAACGUUGUAGGGCAUGCAAAGGAUCAGGAGUCGUUGAGGCCACUAAAGACGUUAAAGUAACUAUACCCGGCGGUGUUGACUCUGGUGAUACUAUUCGUGUGCCUAAAGCUGGUCAUGCUGGCAAGCGAGGGAUGCAACCAGGCAGCCUAUUUAUAAAGCUAAAGGUUGCUAAAGAUCCUGUUUUUGCUAGAGAUGGAGCAGACCUUUAUGUGGAUUAUCAUAUCAGCUUUACAAAAGCUAUUCUUGGUGGUAAAGUUGAGGUACCAACUCUAUCCGGAAAGACACAGAUACAGAUACCCAAGGGGGUUCAGCCUGGACAACUUGUGGUACUACGAGGCAAAGGUUUGCCAAAGAGUGGGUUUCUGGUGAACCAUGGAGAUCAAUAUGUGCGGUUCCGCAUUGACUUCCCGACAGUGUUGAAUGAACGACAGCGUACUAUAAUGGAAGAAUUUGCACAGGAGGAAAUUGUUAAUGGAGAUUACAUGGAUGGAGAAGUAAAUUUGUGGCAGCAGUUGUUUGAACGUGUAUCGAGCCCGAAGUUUGUGGUUGAAUUGUCGCUCUUUAUAUUGGUUCUUCUGUUAUUAACCAAAACAAACUGAUUGGAGGUGUCAGCUGUCUCCGGCAGAUGGUUGAUAUGCUACAAGAAUCCAUGGUGCAGCUGCUACCUGCUAUUAACAUCAUAUUGACACCAGAGUUUACUAGUCUCUGUUUUUCAACCAGAUCUGGAGAGAACUUCCCACAAUGGAGUGAAGGUUACCAAGUGUCUCCCAUUGUGGCAGCAAUAUCACCUACACAUUGUAGGGCUAAUUAUCUUUCACUUCUCGAGGAGAGGUCAGAUUGCAUAGUGUUUAACAUGCCUUUAUAGUUCUCAAUAAAAAAGAAAGUGCCCAUUUUAUCCAAGGCCUUUGAAGAGACAGUUGAGUAUCGACAUAUGGUUACAAGCAUCCCCUAUAUAUAUAUAUAUAUAUAUAUAUAUAUAAAGGGCAGUCCGGUGCAAAAAGCAUCCCGCAUUCACGCAGGGUGGGGAAGGGCCGCACCAAGCGGUGUGAUGUAGACAGCCUACCUUAAUGCAAGCAUUAGUGGCUGCAAAAUUUAGCAUGUAUUCCUUUGUCCCUUAUUUUUCUUUGGUUACAUAGCAAAGUUCCAGCAGUAGUCUAAACGUGUAUAUUUUUGUUGUGGAGGCGCUGUGGAAAAGCUCAUAAGGUUUUCCUCCCUUUAUCUUGAGCAAUAAAUAAUUCACAUUAUUGUUUGGACACU